UAAAAUUCGUUGCAUUUUGCUAGCUGAUUUGAGCCACGCCCACGCCUUUAUCUUCCUUCUUCUGGCAUACUUUUGCCGGUAGAGAAUUUAGUUCUCUUCCCCAGGAAUCAGUGGCAUCAUCCCCUCUCUAAAAAACACAACAUGAAGAUGAACCCAACGUCCUACUGGGGCUCUCUCCUCUUUAGUCCCUUGUUUCCCUUGCUACUUUUCUCUUACUCAUUCGCUCAGCCACCCUUGGCGCCAAACACAACAGAGCAGUACCUUGAGUGCAACGCGACGCGCAUGCUCAUCUGUGGUGAUAUUCACACCGAGAUCAAGUUCCCUUUUUGGACAGAAGAUCGGCCGGGUUACUGCGGUCAUCCAGGCUACCAACUCACAUGCGACCCUGAAAAUAAGACUCUGUCGAUGAACAUCGGUGAUAAGUCAUAUCAUGUAAGGGAAAGGAUUGACUAUGAGAACCAAUUCCUGGCCCUCAUAGACGCAGAUCUCUCGGCCGCCGUUACUACCACCAGUUUUUGCCAUGAAAAGAUUACAAGCACCACCACCAGCAGACUCGAAUCAUCCUACUUGAUAUACGGAGACAACGACACUAAUGUCACCUUGUAUCUCAACUGCAGCAUCUCCACCAUCCUGAAUCUCAAUAAAUUCUUCCCCAUCCCCUGCACUUCUUAUUUCCCUGAUUUCUUCGGACAGAAGGCGUUCUUCACGUUGGCAAAGGAACAUAUAGAAUUCCCUGAGAAUGAGCAGUGCAACGCGACCGUGUUGAUUCCGGUGUAUGAUCAAUUCAACCUGGGUGAUUUUAUAACUGGAGCGAAGAAUUUUAGUGAUGUGAUGAAGGCGGGGUUUGGUGUGAAGUGGACCAUCGGGCAGGACUGGUGCGACAAAUGCACAAAGUCCGGUGGGCUCUGCGGUUCCAAUGACAUUAAACCGGCCUGCUUCUGUCCAGUCGGCACCACGACUGUCGGCACCAUCUGCAGUCACGGCAAGAACAGGACAGUCAUGAACAAGCAUAUAAUUAUAGGUGUUGUAUCGGGCGUUGGCAUCAUCUUAGCACUUUGCUGCCUAUACUUGUAUUGCUGGUUUCGCCGUAAGAGGCAGCAACACUCCUCAUCCACUCUUUACGAUUUUGCUUGCUGGCACAAUACAAGUAAAGAUCAAACCAUAGAGAUUUUCUUGCAGAAGCAUGGAACAGUGUCACAAAAAAGAUAUAGCUAUUCAGAAGUGAAGAAAAUAACAGGAUCCUUCCAUCACAAACUAGGACAAGGUGGCUUUGGUAGUGUUUUUAAAGGUACUCUCUCAGAUGGACAUGCAGUGGCUGUGGAAGUUUUAAAUACUAGUGAUGGAAAUGGAAAUGGAAAUGGAGAUGGAGAGGAGUUUCUUAAUGAGGUGGCCGGUAUUGGAAGGACAUCCCACAUCAACAUUGUUAGCCUUGUGGGCUUCUGCUUCCAAGGAUCCAAAAGAGCUCUAAUCUAUGACUUCAUGCCCAAUGGCUCUUUGGAGAAGUACAUCUAUGCCGAAGACCCAAAGAUAGUACUCGGAUGGGAGAAGUUGUUCCAGAUAGCAAUUGGCAUCGGUCGGGGAUUGGAGUACUUACACCGUGGUUGCAACACUAAAAUAGUUCAUUUUGACAUCAAACCUCACAACAUACUCUUGGAUGAAGAUUUUUGUCCGAAGAUUUCUGAUUUUGGGCUUGCGAAAUUUGGCACACACAAAGCGAGUAUAUUAUCUUUGGCAGGCACCAGAGGAACAAUAGGAUAUAUUGCACCAGAAGUAUUCUCUAGAAAUUUUGGAACUGUUUCUAGUAAAUCAGAUGUCUACAGUUAUGGUAUGAUGGUACUGGAAAUGGCUGGGGGAAGGAAGAAUGUAAAAGUGACUGCAGAUAGAACAAGUGAGAUUUAUUUUCCUCAUUGGAUUUAUGAGCACCUUGAUGAAGAUGCAAGUAUGGAACAUUGUGGAGUGACUGCAGACACACAAGAAAUUGCCAGAAAAUUGAUCAUUGUGGGUUUGUGGUGCAUACAGACUAGACCAGAAUCACGCCCAACAAUGAGUAAGGUGGUAGAAAUGUUAGAAGGAAGCAUCAAUGAUUUGGAAUUGCCACCAAAGCCAUACUUAUUUUCUCCUCCAAGAUCACCAGCUAUGUGCUCAACCAUAUCAAUGUCCUGACAUGUCUUCAUUAAACUUUUUUUAAGACCAAAGGUCGCUAAAAUGCUACAACCUUAAGCUAAUUAGUUUUCUUGUGAUUUUCCAUUGUUCAUUAUAUUUUGAAAAGUAGUUUUUA